AAAAUGGAUGAGACCGAUCCGGUACCGGAUAUGUCUCUUCUACCAGAUACGGUACCGGUUGUAGUGUCUGGUGAUGGAUCAGCAGCCGGAAUUCAACUCUGCCCGGCCUUGAUCCUCGGAAGCCCUCAAGCACUUCCAGGAGCUAUAAAACAUAUUUACAGUCGGCUAGCAGCAGCUGCUUCGGAAGUUGAUCAAGGUGUUCCUGAUCUUAUAAUCUCACUCAUUUCCCAUGGAAAUUCACUUUCCACAAAGUAUAUGUCAUCAGUGGAAAAUGGAUUGAAAUCAUUUCUAAUUGGUUGUGGAACCUGGCUCAUUUCAUCUGGAGAAGUCAAUGAUCCUAUGUCCAGAGUUGCAAGUGGAGCAUUGAAAAAUGUAUUACCACAACUGGAGCAUCAAGCAGAAGUACUUCAUAUUCUGGUUAAUUCUGAUGAUAUGAUAGCAUCGGACACAACAAAUUCAAAAAGUGUAGUUGAUACUUCAUUGAAUACUUUGUUGCUAAUUUGCAGAAAAGAACCCAACGAUUCAUAUGAAACUGUCGCCUCGUCUAUCGCUAAAUUGAGAGCAGCCACAGCUGUAAAACUGGCACAUCCACCUCCAGCACUUUUAAUUGGCGUUCCAUCCGAACCAAUGAGUCCAUCAACUUACGGAAAUUCAGCAGCUAUUCUUCUUUCUCCGUCGAAUGAUAAAAGACCAUUUCCGGUCGCUAUUUUUGCAGGUGCUUCGAAAGAAAGUUUAAUCGAAUUGUUAUUUUUUGUGGAACAUGGAAUUCCCGUGAUCAUUCUUCAAGACAGCUGUGAAUUAUGUGCCAUAUUGCAUUCCAGUCAUUUACUUCUUGAAACUUCAAAUUUUGAUAAUGACAAAUUUAUUAGUUGGUUACGAUCUCAAUUAUAUCCUCUUGGGCUAGCAGAUUGCUACACAUUGAUCACGAAACUUUUAGUUUCAUCAAAUUCUGGAGAUGUUCAGCUUAUCGAGUUUAUCGAUUCAAGUCAACUUUCUGAACUUUCAUCUGUAGUUGUUGAUCGAUGUUUAGAAUGUUAUGCAACUACGGGAGAAGAACGUCAAGUUCUUCUACUCGCUGCGAAAUUGAAUUCUCCGUCAGUUCUUUCAUCAAUGGAUGUGGCUGCUCAACUUGACGAGGAACUUCUCACAAUGAUUCUUUGUGAAUGUAUAACAAAAGAUGAUCAACUUCAUUUCUUAUCAUCAGUACUUCAACUAAGUCCUCCAAUUCGAGUUACAUCAAAUAUGCUCAUUCGAAUGAUGCACCAUGCUGAUGAGCACUUUUUCACUACAAUCGUGCUAUGUCAAUGCAUGGGAUACUCUUAUAUUCCAUCUGAAAUUGAUCCAAGAUUUGCGAACGAUAUUCAAAAACUUGUGAAGAAAUUGUCAUUUGGAGUUGAUAAUCUUUUUGAUCCAAAUGUAUUCUGUAAUGAUUCUUCACAUCGGGACAAACAUGAAUCUAUUAGAAUUCUUGCUAUUUGGAGUUUAUUACUUCAUCGUCCCGGAAUUGUUAAAUGUCUGGCAGCAUUUGCAGAUGAGCCUGUCGCUUUUUCAAUGGUUCUAUCGAGAAUCGCUAGAUCCUUGGGACAUGAGAGUCACGACUGGCACUUUUAUGAAAAAUCAUUGAACACGUUGUCGGACAGUCUCUCAGGAUCGGCGACAACACUUUUUGAUACAGUAUUUUCAACGUCUCCAGCAAAAGCUUACCAACUUCUCUGCCAGCCAAUGGAAUAUUUUUAUGGAUUCAAUAUGACUCAACUAGCUUUCCAUUGUAAUGCGAGAGAGAUCAUUGCUCACGAGUGUUGUCAGAGAUGGGUUCAUCGAAAACUUUAUGGAAAUCUUCAAGCCAAAAACUUCCCAAUUUUCCUUCCGAAAUGGGCCAAAAUUUGUAUAUCCGCUGUUCUAAUAAUUCCUGUGAAGUUUUGGAUGCUUGUCCGACCAAGAGAAAGGACAAAGCAAGAUACGGUAUCACCAACUGUAGCUCUACUUGAUGUUGGAAAGUUUCCACAGAAGCAAAGAGCAAUUUCAACUUAUAGUGUAAUCUCUUCGAGAAGUGAAGCUCUAACAGCUCUCACUGCUCCACUUUCCACAGCUUUCGGUUUCAAUUCUGCUUUGAAUGGAGCUGAAUCGGCUACACCACAGUCAAUGGUUUUUCCUUUGAAUAUUGAAGAAAUUGACAAAGACCCAAGACCAUUCGGAAAAAAGAAUCGAAUCCGUCGUGCUCAUGCGCCUACGUUAUCAACAUUUUAUUCAACACCAAUUGUCAAAUAUUGGCUUUCUCUCUUGUUCCGAAUCGUUUUUAUUUGUUGCUUGGCUUACUCUGUAGUACUACCAGGAUGUGGAUCAAACCUUUGGGAUACCGGAAUGUGGGUUUGGUCAUUCUUCUGGUGGAUUGAGAAUUGUUUCGUGUUGACUGCCAGAGCAAGGAAAAUACCCCUAUCACUAAUGCCUUGGAGAGUAUUUGAUGUGUUCGCAUUUUUCGUUUUUCUGAUUCUUCUCCUCGUGAUGAAAGUGUUUCCAGUGACUCCAGUGCUAGAAGUUUUGGGUAUUGACUCGAUAUACUCUGCAAAAGUAGUAUCUGCAUUCUUUGUUCUGUAUGUCAGUUACUCUACUCUGUUCACCUAUAUUCCACUAUCUGACAUAUUUGGACCAAUGAUUGUCCGAGUCAAAUUAAUGCUUCUUCGAGAUUUUACCAACUUCUUAUUCAUGAUUGCAUUGGUCAUGUUAAGCAGUGCAGUUGCAAUUCAGGCGGUUGUAUUCCCUGAUAGACCAGUUACAAUGGAAGUGUUCAGAAAGACAUUAUCUUGGAUUUGGUUGAGUCUGUUCACUACAGAUCUUUCAAACCUAUCUGAAUCGGAAACUUGUCGCAAAUCGUUCCUCGGUGCUCCAAAAAGAUAUUGUUCGUCAGUAGGCCAAUAUGCAAAUCCAUCAUGUCCUUCACAAUCUCUUCCUGCCUAUUUGAUAGUAAUCGAAUACUUUGUCAUUCUGAAAUUGUUGCUGUGGCCAAUUCUUUUUGCAUUUUUCUCAAAAACUGCAAAAAAUGUGGACGACGAGGCUGAUAAAAUUUGGAGAUUCCAAUUGUACUCGUUGGCGGAAGAUUUUAGACUGCGCCCACCACUUCCUCCACCACUUACCAUUUUCUGUCUCAUUUGCUCGGCUUGUUGUCGCUUCUCCAACUCAUUCUCCGGUUUCUUCUCAGACUUUGAUCAUCCUGAUUUCGAAGCGAGAGACAAGUGCAGAACCACGUGGAAAUUUGGAUCAAUCUACCGUAACCCAUCUGUUCCAUUCAAGAGAAACGAGUUUGUGAACUCAUUCUGGAGAAAGCUUUCGAUGGAACAAUGGAAAAAUACACAGCAGAAAGCGAAGAUAUCAGCAAACAAAUCAGAACUUCAGGAACUUCAUAAUAUUCAUAACCACAUUCGAAUGAUGACUUUGCGAGAUUCAUAUGAAAAUUCGGGUACACGAAAAGCUUCAGAACUUCAAUUUUUCGAGAAAUACCCAGAAAGUAACAUUCUGAAGAUUAGUGUGAACAUGGUGUCUAAGCCAUGGACAGUGCUUGUACCUAGAUACAAUCCCCCCUUCUAUUGUAAGCCUGCGGAAGAUUUUCCAUCAGAUGUGCAAAAGUAUGUUGAUAUUGCCACGGAGCAAAAUGUUGGAGAACUAAAACGAAUUUGGAGAAGCCGUCAGGCAAAUGAUGUUACUAGUAGUAAUGAUAAAUGUUGGAAGCUCUCAGCUGCCGGCUUCCCAUUGAAUCCGAAUGGUCGAACUGGAAUGGCUGGAAGAGGAAAUCAUCCGAGAUUUGGUGCUAAUCGACGUUGUUAUUAUGUCGUUUUGAGUGGUGGAGUUGAAGCGAAAUGUCAAGUUCUAGUUGAUAGUCAGAAGAAUAUUCCAAAUGAAUGGCAUCUGGAGAACUCGUCGAAAGAUGAACAUCUGACAUCUAUUUUGAAGAUGAUUGGAAUUUCAGAUUCUGACGCUCAUAUGUUUUCAAUGCGACGUUUGGAUAGCUCAAUUAUCACUGCGGACAAAAGAAUACCAUCCAAUGACACGAGUCCUGCUCAUUUGGCUUCAGAAGUUGCAGAAAAUGAAAACGAUACAGACAACGCGUGGACGGAGCAUGAUGUUUGGGCUAUUUCUCUCCGAGAACGACGUAUAAUAACCACAAUUAUCGGUUAUUCGUGGCUUCCUACGAGUGCAAUUCGUGGAACAGUGCUUCCAUGGCAAGCAGAUCUUGUUUUCCGAGCAAAGACAAUAUACGGGUUAUAAUGCUACAACUUUCAUAAAUUAUGAAUUCACUUAAAUUGUUAUUCGAUGUUUGUUUUUUAAAGCUGAUAGCUAAGAGAUAAUUUAAUAAAGCUUGGAAGAAUAAAAAUAAA